AGAGCUCGAGAGGUGGAGAGAGCAGCCCCGAUUCUUCGAAUCGUUUGAUCCAGUGGUUGUGUGGUUGGUUUGCAGUAAGCAUUGUUUUAGAAAACGGAGAGGUGUAUUUGUGCUGCUGUUGAUGCAGCUAUGGCGUGGUCGUCAACUGCUCGGAAUGGCCUUCUGACGACGCUGUUGCUGAUGUUGGUGUCCGGCAGCCGCGGCAUUAGCGCGGUGGAGUUCGCCAAAAACGACGGCCGAGCUGGGCCGGUCGACUCGGAGGCGACCGCAGCUGCGCCGCCCAAUAUCGUUCUCAUCUUCGCCGAUGACUUGGGCUGGGGAGACCUAUCGACGUACGGCCACCCGACGAUUCGCACACCCAAUCUGGAUCGUAUGGCAGAGGAGGGAUUGCGCUUUACGCAGUUCUACACGGCCAACGCUAUCUGCACUCCAUCGCGGUCGUCACUGCUGACUGGACGUCUGCCCGUGCGUAACGGCAUGUACGGGACGUGGAACAAUUCCGCCAGUAACGUCAUGACACAGGUGCUUCAUGCAGAUGGUGUCGGAGCACUGCCACACACCGAGACUACCAUUGCUGAGCUACUGAAAACGGUCGGCUAUCACAGCAAGCUCAUCGGGAAAUGGCAUCUAGGUAUCCAGGAGGACAACUGGCCAACGACACACGGCUUUGAUGAGUUCUAUGGCACGCCGAUGAUGCAUGGACCGAAUGAGGGCAACCAGAGUGUCUUUCCCGACAUGCAGCUGAUCAAUAACACUGAGGUGGUUGGUCGUCUGUAUAAGGAGAUCGACAUCCACACACUCAACACAAACUACAUCCAGAAUGCCGUGGAUUACAUCAAGACGAGGAGUGCGGACCCCGAGAAGAAGCCAUUCUUCCUGUACUUUGCACCAGACAACACUCACAUUCCUCUCUUCACCUCGCCACAGUUUGCCGGCGUCAGCAGGCGCGGUCUCUAUGGCGACUGCGUCGAAGAACUGGACUGGGGCGUCGGGCAGAUACUGGAGACCAUCAGGUCGCUCACAAUCCAGGAGAACACAUUUGUCUUCUUCACGAGCGACAACGGCCCAGACAGACGCACCGACCUGUGCAAGUCACUGCCCGGGGUGGCGUGCGACCCGACCCGGGGUGGGUCCGCGGGCCCGUUGCGCGGGGGAAAGUCUACGACCUGGGAGGGCGGCGUACGAGAGCCAGCCAUCGCCUGGUGGCCCGGCAAGGUCAAGGGCAUUGACCCGGGCGCCGUGGCAACCACGUUUGAACUGGCGUCAAGCAUGGAUCUAUUUGCAACAUAUGUUGAGCUGUCUGGCGCCAAGCUACCGGCCGGUGUCACAUAUGAUGGUGUUUCACUCAUGCCCAUCUUGACCGGACAGGAAUCUCAGCGACAGUCUCUGUUUCACUGGCGAGGAAACAAGCUCAUGGCCGUCCGCUACAAACAAUUCAAGGCACAUUACUUCACAGAGGGUGACUUGGAAUGGAACUCGCCGGCAUUGCGUGCGCAUGACCCGCCAAUUCUCUUUGACAUCGAGCAAGACCCGUCUGAACGCUUCUUUAUUACCGCCAAGGACACCAAAUACAAUAUCACAGAGAUAAUGGCUGCUAUCAACAAGGUCAAAGAUGAGCACAUGGCAGAUGUGAAGAUAGCACCACCACAGAUGAACACUUGUGACAAGUCUGUAGCACUGUGGAAACCCGACCUACCAGUGCCACCGUCCAAACCAUACGACUGCUGCCAGGACCCCUGUUCGUCAUGGUAACAUGGGCCAUGUUUGCCAUGGUGACAGGACCCUGGUUGUCAUGGUGACUGGACCCCUGGUCAUCUUGGUGCCAGGACCCCUGUUUGUCACGGUGCCAGGGCCCCUGUUCGUCACGGUGCCAGGACCCCUGUUCGUCAUGGUGACUGGAGCCAUGUUCGUCACGGUGACUGGACUCCUGUUCAUCAUGGCGAUGUCUCUGUGGCGCCACGCAGUGUCUUGUUCUUUGCCGAGAGUUUCUGUUCUAGACUUGUUGGGGUAGCUGGCAUGGACCGGUGCUGUCCAAAAUUCCUAACAUUUGGUCUUCCAUUAUUUAUCCGUGAUUGCAUUGGCUCAUCGUCCCAGUUCAAAUCUCCACAUUGUAUCAAUUUUCUUUUAAAGCCGGUACAUGUGCGGUACGGCUAUGAUCCCAACUACUACUCAAUAGUUGCUGAGUGGCUAUGCACACGCCACCGCACGGCCACGCACUGAUUCAAUUCCUGGCGGUGAUACUGAUCAUCAAGAUAUUUAAUUUAAAAAUCUUGUUAUCGGGAUGACCCAAAGGUUGGUGUCAAGUCUUCAUUCUCCUUUCGUUCUCCAAACGUUUAAGCCAUCCGUGAACUA